ACAUGCGCUUCACUUUUUUUUGGACAUGGGCCGGUAGUUAUAGGCCCAUGUGCAGUUAAAGAUGUGACAUCUAUAAAACGACAACUCUCAAACUAAGUUGGUUUAUUACCUUUUCCCGUUAAAAAAAAAGAUUUAUUUCUUAUACUUUAAAAAAAAUAAAAUAAAUAUCAUGACCAGACUCGUCGUCUUGAUUUCUCUGUGGGUGACCGCAGUGGUCAGUGUUCCGGAUCCGACCAAGAUCUGCAUGCCAGACACCAUCCAGUUUAACUCCAUCAAUGUAACCUCAGAGGUAAGUGGACUGUGGUUAUGUCGGUCGGAGACUACUAGAGACAACUGUUUGUUGUUUUUAUGGUAGUUUUGUGUUUGCUUGUUUGUUUGUUAGUUUUUGUUUGUUUGUUUGCUUGCUUAUUGGUUUGUUAGCUUGUUUGCUUCGUGUUUUUGUGUGUGUGUGUGUGAGGAAUUUUGAAUUUACCUGUUAUGAUGAUUUCAUUUUUAAAGUUAAAAUUUAAAACACACAGCCUGGCAUUAAAAUAGACUUUCUAUAAUUAAACUUGGUGAUUUUAUCAUUGACGUCUUCUAGAUAUUCUCCAUUGUGGCAUUUGACUUCCCACGCAAGCUGUUCGGCUCCAUCACAGGCAAUACGAGUGUUGUUGAAGACUUAUCAACAGUAAGUCUGAUGUAGCCCAUCACAAAAUUGUUUUGUACUGACCGGUGACUAUUUGUGGUAGAUAAUUUUCCUGAACAUCCUUAUGUUCUAUAAGCAGCGUACCAAUAACUAAAACAUCUACAUGUAUUAUAUAAAUAUCAGUGUCUUUUGUUUACAUACUACAAUUUUACAUGUACAUGUAUAAAUUAUGUCUAUCUAAAUAGUACAACAAACAACCAAUGUGUCAGUGAGUUGAAAUGUAUUCGCAUUGUAUAUUGCAUUCAAAUUCAUUUGGUAGGCAGUUAAGUUUUCUUUUCUGUUGCAGCUAAAGCAGUACGCGACCGAUGCGACGGGGAAAUGUGUGUCCUCACCAUUAGGUCCCACUCAAAUAUUCCGUAUCGGCCAGCAGUGUUUGCCAGGUUGGUUACUUCUAAACCAUACUACGAUUCGUGCAAUACAAUUAUCGACACAAACCUCUGAAAAUCAGUUUUAGAUGAUGUCCCUUCAUUAGCAGGACACUCCUGACGCCAAAAUUCCGAAACACGUGAUCGUAAUCUUUCCUCUUCUAAUUCUUACAAUUUUAUUGCAUAAGUUUUAAAAAAAAGUGAAAAUAUUGACCAAUCAAUGUAGUCCAAAUAUUGACCAAUCAAUGUAGUCCAACUAUUGACCAAUCAAUGUAGUCCAAGUAUUUAAAAACAAAUGCUCACAUUUUUAUGUUCACAGCUUCAGCUGUUUUUCUUGGUGACAUCUACAUCGGAUUUGGAACAAACAGAAUACACGCGGUCGGCUUUGAACUCUCACUAGGGGGCACAACCAUCAGAUACGCUCUGAGCGAUCAAGAAAAUCAACCCAGCUAUCCCAUUCUAGUGGGUUACCGCACAGGUAGGUUGAAAAUCUAGGUAUCCCAUCUUAGUGAGAUACCGCACAGGUAGGUUGAAAAUCUAGGUAUCCCAUCUUAGUGAGCUACCGCACAGGUAGGUUGAAAAUCUAGGUAUCCCAUCUUAGUGAGCUACCGCACAGGUAGGUUGAAAAUCUAGGUAUCCCAUCUUAGUGAGCUACCGCACAGGUAGGUUGAAAAUCUAGGUAUCCCAUCUUAGUGAGCUACCGCACAGGUAGGUUGAAAAUCUAGGUAUCCCAUCUUAGUGAGCUACCGCACAGGUAGGUUGAAAAUCUAGGUAUCCCAUCUUAGUGAGCUACCGCACAGGUAGGUUGAAAAUCUAGGCAUCCCAUCCUAGUGAGCUACCGCACAGGUAGGUUGAAAAUCUAGGUAUCCCAUCUUAGUGAGCUACCGCACAGGUAGGUUGAAAAUCUAGGUAUCCCAUCUUAGUGAGCUACCGCACAGGUAAGUUGAAAAUCUAGGCAUCCCAUCCUAGUGAGCUACCGCACAUGUAGGUUGAAAAUCUAGGUAUCCCAUCUUAGUGAGCUACCGCACAGGUAGGUUGAAAAUCUAGGUAUCCCAUCUUAGUGAGCUACCGCACAGGUAGGUUGACAAGGGUUUUUAUUCGGAUUUUUCUUAAAGCCAGCUCUACCAAUUGGUCAUUGUUUUGUUUUUUUUUGUUUUUAAACUAUUUGAUUUGACAUUUGACUGCUCAGAUAAGACCUUCACCACAACUUUCCAAAGUGAGCCUAGUCUCGUCAUCACACAAACCGAUAUCUUCACCAUCCCGGACCCGUGCCCGCCAGCAUCCGUCGUAGGAUAACUCAAGUUGUUUCAUAGGAUAACUCAAGCUGUUUCAUAGGAUAACUCAAGCUGUUUCAUAGGAUAACUCAAGCUGUUUCAGGAUAACUCAAGCCGUUUUAUAGAAUAACUCAAGCUUUUUCAUAGGAUAACGCAGGCUGUUUAUAGGAUAACUUAAGCUGUUUUUUAGGAUAACUCAAGCUGUUUCAUAGGAUAACUCAAGCUGUUUUAUAGAAUAACUCAAGCUGUUUCAUAGGAUAACGCGAGCUGUUUCAUAGGAUAACUCAAGCUGUUUCAUAGAAUAAUGCAAGCUAUUUCAUAGGAUAACUCAGGCUGUCUUUUAGGAUAACUCAAGGUGUUUUAUAGAACAACUCUUGCAGUUUCAUAGGAUAAUAUAUAAAUACACCUUGAUUUUUGAUUAUCCAUUAAUUUUAAGUCACUGUAUUACGUAUCAUUUAUCUCACCGUUUUUCUUGUAAUAUAUAAACCCUUUAAUAAAUGCUUUGAUAAAACCUCAAAUAUUUUUGUGUCAAUGCCUUAUCUAUAGAUCAAGUUUAGGGGGUUCCAAGAAAAG